AUGGGCAUGGUCCUUGCUGCAUAUGUGAAAAGCAUCGAGGAUCAUGGUUUCAUUCUUCAUUUUGGUCUGCCUUCUUUCACGGGAUUCUUACCUAAAGAAGGCUGGAGUGGAGAAGUUAGAAUUGGGCAACAUGUGCAGGGAUUGGUCAAGAGUGUUGAUAAAGCUCAUAAAGUGGUUUACUUGAGUCCCAACUCUGAUAAAAUGUCCAAUAGUGUGAUGAAGGAUCUCAAGGGUAUGUCAAUUGAUCUUCUAGUUCCAGGAGUGAUGGUUAAUGCCCGUGUGAAGUCGAUUCUUGAGAACGGUGUUAUGUUAUCAUUUCUCACAUACUUCACUGGAACGGUUGAUCUGUUUCAUUUGCAGAAUAUAUAUCCUACAGCAAGCUGGAAGGAUAAGUACAUUAAAUCUCAGAAGGUUGUUUGUCGGGUAUUAUUCAUUGAUCCAUCAAGUAGAGUUGUUGGUUUGACGCUGAAUCCACAUCUUGUUCAGAACAAAGCCCCUCCUUCACAUGUUAAAAUUGGAGAUAUAUAUGAGAAUUCAAAAGUUGUCAGGGUGGAUAAAGGGCCAGGACUAUUGCUCGAGGUUCCAUCAAUUCCAGAGUCAACUCCAGCUUUUGUCAGUAUAUCUGAUAUUGCUGAGGAAGAGAUUCAAAAACUUGAGAAAAAGUACAAGGAAGGAAAUCAUGUCCGUGUUCGGAUUCUUGGGUUAAGGCAUUUGGAAGGACUUGCUACAGGAGUUUUGAAGGCUAGUGCUUUAGAAGAGGCGGUGUUUACUCAUUCUGAUGUCAAACCCGGGAUGGUGUUGAAGGCUAAGAUUCUUUCAGUCGACAGCUUUGGUGCUAUUGUACAAAUUCCUGGUGGUGUGAAGGCACUUUGUCCUCUUCGUCAUAUGUCUGAAUUGGAAAUUGCAAAGCCUGAAGAAAAAAAAUUCAAGGUGAAGAGCUGA